UAAAAUUUUAUUAAACACGUGUAUAUUCUGUUGGAUACUCAUUUUCUCUUUGUUACAGUCCAGAUCUGAGUCGGGCGCUCCCAGCAAGCCUUAGCCCGCAUUGCGUCCAGGUGGGUAGAGAUUAUGCUGUCCAGGAUUGGCAAUCCAAUUCCAGCCUAGAUUCUCUAGCUAGAGAUCCAGCAGGAUGUGUGAUGGCUCCCAGCAAAGAGGACGAGAGACACGAGAAGAUCAUCCGUGGGCUGCUUAAAUUGCCUGGAAAUCGAAGAUGCGUCAACUGUGGUAGCCUGGGACCGCAAUAUGUGUGCACUAGCUUCUCCACUUUCAUUUGCACACUUUGCAGCGGGAUUCAUCGAGAAUUCUUGCAUCGCAUCAAGUCUAUUUCCAUGGCCAAGUUUACUGCCGGGGAAAUCAGCGAGCUCCAGUCCGGUGGAAACGAUCAAGCUCGACAGGUUUUCCUCAAGGCAUGGAACUCGGACAGGAACAUAUUCCCAGACAGCAGCAAUCCCGAUAAAAUCCGCGAGUUUAUAAAGCUUGUGUACGUCCAGAGGCGUUUCACUGGAGAAAAGCAGCGUAGUCGUAGUCCAAUGCGUGAAACUCCUGAAUAUCGCGAGGCUCGCCCCUCUCCUCGUACGAGCUACGGCGGACUCGCGUACGGUAACCGAGACUUUGUGAGAACAAUCCCCGGAAGAAGAGAAAACGGGGGUACGACUGUGGAAGACAACGGUGAAGACGACGUGAAAUCUUCGCCCCAGUCGCCUCCAAACCAGAAAACAGCCAGUGGUAGUAAGAGGGAAACGGUCAUUCGCCAGUUUCUACAACCUCCAGUGGAGAAACGAAAGAACCAGCAGCUGCAAAGAAACUACUCUAGCGGGAGCAUAGCGCCGGACCAAACCAGUCCCGUAGCUCGACCUCCACAAGUCCAGCGCUCAAACUCGCUCUCUCUCAAAGAUCUCAUGACUGACGAGAAAACUUCCCACCAGCCAGACAAUCCAAAGACGCCACCACGAUCUGCGACAAAGUCGAGAAGUCUGAUCGAUCUUAAUACCGACCAGCAGCAAAAGGUACCACACUCUAGAAGCUCGCCAGUGACAACCAAGUCAAGCUCCACACCGUGUCUGGUCGAUCUCAUCUCCGGCGACGCAAGCAACCACGAGAGUGUCGCCAGUGCAAAGUUUCGACACGACACCGAUGGCAGCCGCGACCUGAUCGAUCUCAUCUCUUCUCCGGAGGGAGAUUCCUCGCAGCCGAUGCAGGUGGAUCCUUUCGUGACAACGAGUUUCGCGGGUCUUGAUCUGGCUGCUGAUCCUUUUGCACGUAGUGGACCAGUUCAAGCUCAAACAGGCACGAAUUUCACGAGUUUUAGCGCUCCUGGACCAGCCAAUCUUCCACAGUCCAUUCCAUCAGAAGUUUCACAGGGAGUUUUACCGGGUGCUCCCCCGCAGUUCCCGUCGAGCUUUCCAGGAAUUUCACCGAAUUUUACCAUGCCGCCUUCAGUUGGCUUUCUACCAGCGGCGCCGUCGCCAUCGAUUUCUUCUUCGGGUGGCUUUCUAUCGAAUUCUGCUUUGAUGACUUUCCAGCAGUUUGAUCCAGCAGCCAUGAACGUUGGAGUACAAGGAGCUGGUCAUCACGUGAACACUUUCGGACCUCCAUCGAAUCAAAGUCUGGGCUACUUUGGAGUGUCAACCAGUGUCAAUCCUUUUGACCACUCCCAAAGUCAGUAUGCCCCUCUAGGAACUACACAUGUACAAGUGCCUCCAAAUUUUUACCAUCCAAAUUAUCAUUGGGAGCCCACUCAAGUUACCAUUGUUCCAGCAGCACCAUCCAACAACAACAGCACCAUCAUCGUCCUCGUCAGGCAAUCCAUUCGCAUAAGACGACACCAAAUCAUCCCAAAAAAAAACAUAAAAACACAUAUAAAACCACAGAGAAAAGUAUUUAAUAUGGGGAGGAGGGCCCGUUUGCUUGUUGUUGGGUUGUUGUUGCCGAUUUGUUACAAGAAAACGAAAAAAAAUCCUUAAAAAAUACAAGGUCCACAGCA